AAGAAUCAAAAUCAAAUUAAAAUUUGAUUUAGAAUUUUGAUUAUGUUAAUUAAUUUUUGAUUUGUACUCUUUUUACUAACCUAAUUUUUUUUUAAUAUAAAUAAGAACACUCAGAACCCUUAUGGAGAGAAUUCGGUCACGUAUCAAGGACCUCCCAAUUUAUAACCACUAAUCCUAAUUUCUUUUUCAGAUACUAUUUCCUAAUCUCUAAACUCACGAUAUAUUCAAAGUUCACCAUGCCUUAGUUUCUCACCGUCAUCUUCAUGUUCUAUCAAACGUAAAGACCAUCAACUCGAACAAAGAGUGGAUCUGAAGCAUAGCAGAUGAAGAUCUAAGCCAAUUCAAGAGGUAUUGUCGUUUCAAACACAUUCCUGGAACGUCCCUGAAGAUAAUCCAAUCGUCCUCAUGGCUUAAAGCACUCAUAACCGUCGCACACAAUCCACGGUUUGUCAAAAAAAAUUUAAUUCGAUUAUGCCAAAUUGCAAUUUAUAAAUGAUUUUUGAUUAUGUUUCUGAGUUUGUUUAAUUGUAUGGAAUGUUUAUGGAUUGGAAAUUUUGAGUUUCGUUGCAGAUUGGGGAAGUCACCAUAGUUAGGGCUUUUGAGCUUUGAAUUGGGGAUUUCAAUUACAAACGUAAUUAGGCCAAAUCGAUGCCCCUGACAUGUUUAGAAGAUGAUUUUGGAACGAACCAUAUGUUUAAUUGGAAUUUAUUCACGGUAUUUGGUGAGUUUGUAUUUUGCAGGGCUUUGGCAACAUAGCAAAACCGUGGCCUAAAAUGUUGUAUUUUCCAGAAAUCUCCAACGAAGAAGAAGAUGCAGGGCGCGUUAUUUGUUUUUUUUUAAAUUUGUCACGAGCGUUUAGUUUUUUAUUACUCGCGAAUAUUUAACAUCUGGUGAAUUGAGUCCUGGUGGUAGCGCGUACGUUUGGUGGCCUAAGGGUCCAGGGUUCGAUCCCUGGCCCUUGCAUAUUUUUUUCCUUUAAUUUCCUCUGCAGGAUCACGUGUAUCUCAACAACAGGGCUUCACCAUGCACUUUCAUCAUCAGCCAUCAGAUUGCCAGCCUUUCAGAUCCAACGCCCUUAGAGCUGAGGGUCUAUCAUGGACCUAUAAACCUUGCCACACCAGAUUCCAGCUAAGUGUUUUUUUUUAUUUAGUUUUAUGCUUUGUUUAAUUAUUUAUAUUUGAUUAUAUAUUUCAAUUCUUUUUAUUAAAAAAUUCCUUUUAUUAAAAGAAAAUCAUUCUAAAAUUUUCCCUUUUUACAAAAAAUAAUAAAAAGAUUUAUUUAACUUAUUUGUUAAAUAACUUUUAUUCUUUGGUUUAAAUGAUCAAAUGUUUAACUUAAUUUAAUUAGUUUAAUUGUUUAAAUUAUCAAUUGAUUAAAAUAUAAUUAGGGUUAGGUAAUUUAAUCGAAAUUCGAUUUUCACCGAUUUACUUAAUUGGGUUGAAAACCAACAAUUAAUUUGUUUUUAUUCUAUUAACUAGCGUUAACUUAUACCCAAAAUCAGGGUUUACGAAGAUCAUGCCCUACACUGAAUACAUUUUAUUUUCUAUGCCUUUUCAGGGUUAUUUUCAAAUACACUCCGAUUACGCGCCACGGUUACCCCCGAGGCUUUCCGCCAACCAUAUCAGAUCAAAUUCGAAGCUAAGUGUCUUUUAUUAUUAUUUUAUUUAGUAAUUUCAUUAUUUUUAUUUUUAUGGUUAAUAAAGUUCUCCUUCGAACCGAUAAUGCACUCACUCUCUGUUUUCUGUCUCUUCUUUUUUUUUUCUUUUCAGGGUUUGUCAAAUGCCAAAGCUACGUUGUUGGUAACCCUAAACCCUAACCUUUUAUUUUUCUGUUUAGUUAUUACUUGUGUCAAACCCUAUUAAGGGAUCCGCUGGUUACAAUUUCCCUCCCCCAUAUUACUGUUUCUUGCCUUAUAUUAUCUGCGUGGUUAGUAAAAUAGGGAGUGACAACCAUGAAUUGAAUUUAGAAUCGCUAAUUUACAAGAUAAUAUAAUUGAAUAUAAUCACGUGAUUGGUGCACACACGCACGCUUUUGGGUAACCUCUCUCUGUUGCCUUGUUGCCUGUUGCCUUGUUGCCUGUUGCCUUGUGUUUUUUGCAGAAUAAGCCAAGUCCCUCGAAUACGAGGAUACCUCAGAUACCUCAGCCAUGUUGCCUCGAUAAAAAGGUCACGACCCUAAAUGAUGCUGCCUUCGAUACACAAAUGACCUCGACCCUCGGAAGUUGCCUACGGAAAAAGGCUGAGGUAUCUUCUGGUUGCCUAACGAAAAAUGGCUUAUUCUGAUCCUUGCCUUGGAUUACCUGCCUUUCUAUGGCAUGGGACAGUCUUAUGGCAAAGGAUGCUUCGACGACCCUUCAACCUCCAAACGAAAGGCUUCCUGCCCUCUUAUGGCAAGGAUUGACCCUUUCAUUCUGAAAGGCUAAAAAGAGACCUAUCAUCUGAGUUUAAGGUAAUUGCCCCUAAUUGCCUUGCAAUGCUCAUCUUUAAUAUUCUUUCUCACAAUUCUUCGAAAAAUGGCUACGCUCAUUUACGAGCUAAAGUCCACUUUUUCCUCUUUCAUCUACAUUUUCUGAAAACGAGCAAGCAAAGCAAUUAAGAGCCCAUGGAAAACCAUGGAUGCAAAGGGUGCCUUACACCUUCCCUUUGCAUAAAUUACCUCCCGAACUCAGAUUUCUUUAAAAGGUUUUUUUCUGUUUCUUUUAGCCUUUCCGAUUUAGUUUGGAUAAAAUAAAAGUCGGUGGCGACUCAUGCUUAACCGCAACAUUUUCAAUUAUAAAAGUCAGUUCACCGUAUUACACCUAUGACAAAGGAUUCGAUAUAUCAUUACUUGGUAAACGUAACAUUGCAACUUUUCAUCUGACCGAAGAUUUGGUAUAUCAUUAGUUGGUAAAGGUAACAUUGCAUGCUUACUGUUCGGUUUUUAAUCUCUAUUUCUUUUGCAUUCUCUCUCACCGUUUAGCUGUCGUUCUUUGCGUAACAUCCACUCCAACAACAACACUCGAUUUCAGACAACAUCAUGUCUUCUUCAGAUAGAGCUGAUAAACUCAAUCUUCAACAUUUUGAUGAAAAGAAACUUCAACAGAUGUACCUAUGUCAUAAGUUGUAUUUGAAAAAACGAUUGCUCCAGAAAAAAAAGAUCAGGAAAUUUUAUAGCUACGAAGAAUUUUGUAAACAGUUGGUAGAAGUGUGUAAUCUUCGAGCAAAAUACGGACUUGAUCCACCAAAGGAACCUGCCAAGGAGCUCAUUCAAAGUGCUCCAGUCAAUACUGGUGUUGAUGCAAGAAAAAGUUACCAUGCAUCUGUUUACAGAGCCUCUCUCCAAAAUGAUGCAUCCAGGAGGAGUAAUAAACACAGUAAGGUGUCGGGAAUAGCGAAGGGAAAGGGUGAAGCUGGCGAGGGUGGUUCCAGACAACAUUGUGUGCAAGAGGUUACCAGUUCUACGAUCAACGACAGGCUCUCCGUGGAGGUGGAAGUGUGUAAUCUUCGAGCAAAAUACAGACUUGAUCCACUAAAGGAACCUGCCAAGGAGCUCAUUCAAAGUGCUCCAGUCAAUACUGGUGUCGAUUCAAGAAAAAGCUACCAUGCAUCUGUUUACAGGGCCUCUCUCUAAUCAUCUGCAUCCAGGAGGAGUAAUAAACAUAGUAAGGUGUCGGGAAAAGCGAAGGGAAAGGGUGUAGCUGGCGAGGGGGUUUCCAGACAACGUUGUGUGCAAGAGGUUACCAGGUCUACGAUCAACGACAGGCUCUCCGUGGAGAAAGGAAAGAAUAAACUUUGGCAGAACGAAGAUAGGUUAAUUCGUCCGACCCAAGGUGUGGUGAUCAAUGAGGGCAUGGAAGGCAAACGCAAGAGAGGAGGUCAUCGCGAAGUUGAUGCCGGAGGUAACGGGAAACUAAAGGGUAAGGCAAUAGGUUCUUCGGAAGCCCCCGAUGCUCAAAGCGUCGACUAUGAAUUCACAAGUAUAUCAUCCAACAGCAAUAGGGUGUACACUACGAUCAUUGUGAAUCAGGAUGAAGAGUAUUGGGUUAGAGAAGUGUUUGAUGCAAAGAAGAUGCGCAAGAAUGUGAUGCAAUUUCCAGCAAAUGUGAUUGAUAGUUGCCUUCUCCGCCAAAUUUCAAACAUUGUUUUACUUGACUGUGAUAAGGGUGAACCAUACUACUGUGAGAUAAAGAAGAGGGAAGAGAAGAAGGAGACAUAUCUGUGUGGGGCGUGGUUUGAUUACGUAAGGAAAGCUGAUUUGAAGGUCGGUGACAAACUCCAUUUUGUCAUCCGAUACCCACCGGUGGAGGAAAUAUUGGUAUAUGUUGAGCGUAGGGCUGCAACCCCAUAGGGGCACCGAGGAGGAUCAUAGUUGCAAUGGUUUUUUUGAAAGUUACUAUUUGUAAUAUUAUAAUUUUAUAUUGUAAACAAUUAUGGAAGUUUA